CGAAUGAAUUCUACGACUUGGGACUGGGCCGGUCAUCCAGUGACUUCCCUGAUAAACUAAACCCUUCGACCCAGCCAGGGUUUUGGAUUCGGCUUCUGUGGCGCUGCAGCCGCCAGCGCUCACCGCCGCGGCAGUCGCCUCCGCCGCCUCCUUCAUCGUCUUGGUUCGCUGCGCUCCAUGGAUUGCUUACCAUCCCUUCUGAAGCCCUCGUCUUCCACUCUUGCAUGCCCUCGCUCACUCAGCAAUCUCUCUCACCCUUUGCCCUGUCCAUCUUUCGCCGGCUUCCCGGCCACAUCCGCGGCCUUUGCUCCCGAGAACACUCGACGAAUGAUCUCCCGCGAAGAUUCGCCGAGCUCGUGAAGCGUUUCUCCGACCGCCCUCCAUGUUCCUCUCCUCCCCCUGUUCCAGAGGUUGGCGCCAGACCUCCUUGGCCCCAUCCGUUCGAGUACGCCUCACUGAUUGAGGCAUUCGGCCGCGCCGGCCAGGCCGAGGAGGCCCUCCGCCUCCUCCACGAGAUGAAGAGCUUCUCUUGCCGCCCCGACGUCGUCUGCUAUACCUCUGUCAUUGACAUCUUGGCGAGCUCCGGUCGCGCCGAGGAGGCCUUGGCCGUGUUCGAGGAAAUGCUCACGUACGGCAUUUUCCCCGAUGCCGCAGCCUUCACUGUGCUGGUCAAGCUAUACUCUUGCUGCUUGGGGCAGUUCGACGCAGCCUACGAGGUCGUUCGUUGGAUGGUGAAGUGCGGCUGCGCACCAGACGUGGUCACGUACUCGACCCUCAUCGCCGGGCUAUGCUGGGCAGGGAGAGUCGAGGAGGCGUUGGGCAUCCUCGACCAGAUGCUGGAGGAAGAAUGCCUCCCGAACGCCUAUACUUUCACGCCCAUCGUCCAAGCUUAUUGCUCCAGCGGGAGGAUCGACAAGGCAAAGGGGCUAAUGAACACCAUGGAGAUCAUUGGGUGCCCGCCCAACACUGUCACCUACAACGUUUUGGUGGAAGCCCUUUGCAAGAUCGGAGCCUUCGACGAGGUCGAAAUGCUCCUGAAAGAUGCGACCUUGAAGGCUUGGCAACCAGACACGAUCACAUACAGCAUCUAUAUGGAUAAUCUCUGCAAAUUGGGGCUAGCAGACAAGUCCUUCGAUCUGUUUGAAGUAAUGCUCGAAAGAGGAUUGCAGCCGAAUGCCGUGACUUUGAAUAUUCUUCUCGAUUGCCUUUGCCGUGCUUCAAGGGCCUGGGAGGCUAAACGCUUGUUGGAGCGGAGCGCCGACAUAAAAUGGAUUGCUAGUGUUGUUAACUACAACACUGUGAUGAGCAGGCUCUCCGAUGGGGGGAGAUGGCCUGCUGUCUUGAAGUUGUUUGUCGAUAUGUUUAAGAAAGGCAUCACAGCUAACUCUUGGACAUUCAGCAUCGUUGUUCACAGCCUUUCUAAAGCAGGAAUGGUAAGUUUAGCAAAGUUGGUCUUUGACAGCAAUGGCUUUGUUCCUAAUGUGAUGAGUUAUACUACUCUUAUCCAUUAUUCCUAUAUAGCAGGCAAAGAACAUGAUGUCCACCAUUUGUUCCAGAAAAUGGCCAUGGAGAACAUUGCUCCAAAUUGGAUCACUUAUAGUGUAAUGAUUACAUGUCUUUGCAGAGACAAAAGAUAUUUGGAGGCCGUUGGCUGCUUCUAUAGGUCCUUCAAAGAUGGAUAUUCGCCAAAACUAGUUGCUCAUUUGCUGUAUCAGCUAGUCAGAGGUGGAAAACUGAAGGAAGUGGCAUGUCUCUUGGAUUGGAUAUUGAGACAGGGUUUCACUAUAGAUGUGUGUAUAUUCCAUAGUUUGAUCAAGGCAUUUUGUAGGACUGGCUACUGUAGAAGUUCACGAAUAUAUGAAAUUUGUCGCAUGCUCGACAAAAUGCUCCAAAUUGGGUAAAAACUAUCUCUGUAUUUGUUCUGUUCUUGAUUCAUUGAUGCAGCAAAGUUACAUGCUCCAGCUGAUAUUAUUUGCUA